AUGCUCUCUGCCGGCUUGCUCGCACUCUCGCUCCUGGUUUCUGCUCUGGGCAAACCCGUCGCUCGCAGCCUACAGGUACACGAGGCGCGUGCCACGAUCCCGUCUGGCUUCGUCAAGACUGCAGCCGCGUCGCCCGACACGGUCCUGAGCUUGCGUCUCGCGUUGAAGAACAGCGACACCGAUGGUCUUAUCGCAGCGUUGUACGACGUGAGCACGCCGUCGAGCGCGAACUACGGCCAGCACCUUUCCAAGGAGGAGGUCGACGCGUUCAAUGCGCCUACUAAGGAAUCCGUCGACGCGGUCAACGCCUGGCUCAGCGAGUAUGGCCUGAGCGCGACGUCCAUCUCGCCGGCGGACGACUGGCUUGCCAUCUCGGUCCCAGUCAGCAAGGCGAAUGUCAUGUUCGACGCCGAUUUCUCCAUCUUCACGCACGAGAGCACUGGCAAGACGAGCGUGCGUACGCUGUCAUACUCUAUCCCGACGGACCUCGUGGACCACCUCAGCCUUGUGCACCCGACUACUACCUUUGCAUCGCCCACUGGCCCCAAACUGCCUAUUACGGUGAAGCAGUUGUCGACUGAUGCGAGAAAGCGUCAAGUGUCUUCAUGUUCAAGCAAUGUCGACCCCGCCUGUCUCGAGGCUCUGUACGGCAUCCCAACAACGCCUGCCACCGAGGCCUCAAACUACAUAGUUGUGACUGGUUACGACGACCAAUAUCCUAGUACCUCUGACCUCGAGAACUUCCUAAGUAGUUACCAGUCUGCUGAGUCAAGCUCUGCCAGCUACACUGUCGUCGAGCUUGACGGUGGCUCGUACGACCCCAGUAACCCCGGUGAUGAGGCUGACCUUGACAUCCAAUACACUGUGGGUCUGGCUCUUGGUGUGAAUGUUACCUUCUUCUCUGUUGGUGAGGACACAUCCGAUGGUGUCUUUGGGUUCCUGGAUACCGCGAACUACUGGCUUGGGCAGUCGACAGCGCCAUCUGUCAUCACUACCAGCUACGGCUCCGAUGAGAGUGACAUCUCGGUCGGCGUGUUCAACUCCCUGUGCAAUGCGUAUGCUUCGCUCGGUGCACGUGGUACCUCUGUCUUGUUCGCCUCUGGUGACGGUGGUGUUUCCGGUUCGCAGAGUGGAAGCUGUACAGACUUUGUGCCGACCUUCCCCUCUGGCUGCCCCUACGUGACGUCCGUUGGUGCGACCCAAAACACGGGUCCCGAGACCGCGGCCGACUUCUCUUCGGGUGGCUUCUCCAACGUCUUCGGGACGCCCUCGUUCCAAUCCUCGGACGUCUCCUCUUAUCUCUCCUACCUCGGCACGACUAAUCAGGGCCUGUACAACGCCUCCGGCCGCGGCUUCCCCGAUGUCUCCGCGCAGGGCGUCGACUUCAUCAUCGGCUACGAGGGUGAAUUCUACACCGUUUCCGGCACGAGCUGCGCGAGCCCGACCUUCGCGAGCGUCAUUGGGCUAGUGAACGACCGCCUCGUCGCCGCGGGCAAGUCGCCCCUCGGCUGGCUCAACCCGUUCCUGUACUCGACCGGCAAGUCGGCGCUCACUGACAUCACCUCAGGCGACAAUCCAGGGUGCAACACGAAUGGCUUCACGGCGACAACUGGCUGGGACCCGGUGACCGGUCUCGGUACUCCGGUCUUCAGCGCACUCCUGACCGCCGCAGGCUUGUAA